UGCCGGAAGUAGAGUCGGUGGAAUUCUUACUCUCGGAGACGGAGAGUUCAGUUCGCAGCCAGUGAGAGAGCAGCUGAACGCUGUGGCGGUUCGCGGUCUACUGUCUCUUAUUUAUAAUACAUUUAGCGGGAUCCUCUCCUGUUAAUUUUGUUAUUUAAAGUCCUCUGUUAUAGUCGUGUUUAAUAAGCGGUCCUGUAUGUUGGUAAAUAACGGACAAAAACAGUUAUCUGUUGGCAGCGGACUUCACAUCCAGGUGCUUUGACAGAAGUCAUGCUUCAUCGCCAGUAUGGAAACUUUGAUGUUUUAUUUAGUACUUUUAACUCCACUUUCUAUCCAUUGUGCGGUGAAACCAGCAUCUGUUGAAGAGGACCUGAGAAAUCAGGAAGAGGUACAAGAGUUUGAUGCACUCCGCUCCAUACUGUCAGACUUUGAUGUGGUGCCUGCAUCAGAUCUCCAGCUUCAUUCGGUCGGGAAGAGGGACAUUGAUGCCCGAUCACAUGUGGAGCGGCUGGUCAGCUUCACAGCACUCCAGAGGCACUUCAAGCUGUACUUGACAACCAACACAGAACUUUUUUCUGAAAACUUCAAGGCUGUAUUCUUAGACAAGAAUGGAAAAGAGCACCAAUAUGACAUUCAGUUACAGAAUUACUAUAAAGGACACUUAGUGGGAGAGGAGCACUCGCGCGUGCAGGCACACAUUGAUGGGGAAGAGUUUUCAGCCCACAUUCUUACUGAAGAGGCUGAAUAUAAUGUAGAGCCCUUGUGGCGGUUUACAGAGUCACACCCUGAUGGCCGUUUACUGGUGUAUCGUUCAGAGGACAUUAAAAACAUCAGUCGACUGUUCUCAUCCAAAGUGUGUGGAUAUGUGAACGCUGAUGCCCAGGAACUCCUGCCAGAAGAGGCAAGAGCAGUGGGAGAGACAGAACAGGAGGAGGAGCAUCACAAAAUAGAGAGAAGAUCUACACACGACCACAAGAAGAACACCUGCACUCUGCUUCUAGUGGCAGAUUAUCGCUUCUACAGGCACAUGGGCCGUGGAGAGGAGAGCACAACCCUCAACUACUUGAUUGAGCUGAUCGACAGAGUGGAUGAUAUAUACAGAAACACAUCCUGGGAUGAAGAUUUCAAAGGCUACGGUGUGCAGAUUAAGCAGAUAAUCAUAAACAAGGAGCCCACAAAAGUUGCCCCCGGAGAGAUUCACUACAACAUGGACGGCAGCCCAUUAGGAAGAAAGGAUGGUGUGUGGGAUGUGAAGAAACUCUUGGAACAAUUCAGUUACGACAUCUCAGACAACGCCUCUGUUGUCUGCCUUGCCCAUCUCUUCACCUAUCAGGACUUCGAUGAUGGCACUCUGGGUCUGGCAUACGUGGCCCCUUCCAAACAGGGAUUGGGAGGACUCUGCCCUAAGCCCUACUAUCCAUCACAAACCACCAAGAAACCCAGCCACCUAAACACAGGCUUGACGAGCACCAUGAAUUAUGGGAAAACUAUUCUGACUAAGGAAGCAGAUCUUGUAACAACUCAUGAAUUGGGGCACAACUUUGGAGCAGAACACGAUCCAGACAAUAUAGUUGCCUGUGCGCCCAGCGAUGAUCAGGGUGGCAAAUAUGUUAUGUACCCUAUUGCGGUCAGCGGAGAUCACGUGAACAACAAGCGCUUCUCCAACUGUAGCAAGUUCUCAGUCAGUAAGACAUUAAAGGUUAAAGCCCCUCAGUGCUUUACAGUGAGGAGCAGUAAGCUGUGUGGGAACUCCCGUGUGGAGAAGGAUGAACACUGUGACCCUGGACUCCUUCAUCUCAAUGAUGACCCCUGCUGCACAGCUAAGUGCAAAUUCAGGAAGACGGCACAAUGCAGUGACAGGAACAGCCCCUGCUGCAAGAACUGUAGCUUUGAAAGUGCAAAUAAGACCUGUCAGGAGACCAUCACUGCCACCUGCAAGGGCACGUCAAAGUGCACAGGCAACAGCAGUGAGUGCCCCACCCCUGGAAACCUGGUUGAUAACACAGAGUGUGUGGAUAAGGGUCGAUGUCAGAAGGGCAAGUGCAAGCCUUUCUGUGAGGCUAUGCAUAAUCUUGAGUCCUGUGCCUGCAAUGACACUGAGAACUCUUGUAAAGUCUGCUGUAGAGGCAGUAAUGGGCUGUGCACUCCCUUCGUCAGUAAUGGGUCAUAUCUUUACCUGCGCAAGGGCAAGCCCUGUACCGUGGGCUUCUGUGACGGGGCCGGUAAAUGCAUGAAGCAUGUCCAAGAUGCCAUCGAACGUUUAUGGGACUUCAUAGACAAACUGGACAUCAACACAUUUGGGAAGUUCUUGGCUGACAACAUAGUUGGAUCAGUGGUGUUCUUCUCUCUCGUGUUCUGGAUUCCCCUAAGCAUACUGGUGCACUGUAUGGACAAGAAAAUGGAUCAGCAAUAUGAAGAAAACUCCAAAACCAUGAUGAACCCCCGUAACGCAGAAAUGCUGAGCAGUGUGGAAUCGGCACCCAUCCGCAUUGUGAAGGGCUAUCAUCUGCAUUCAGCCCCCACAGGCCCCGCCGUCUCACCGACACAGGAGACGCUCUGCAGCCCAGGCGAUGCCAACCUCUCCACCGCACUCAAAGCAGAUCUGCUGCGAAUGGACACAAUCGAGGAGGACCCCAGCGUAGGCCCUCACCUGGACGAGGAAGAAGGCUUCCGUCAAAGCAGUACAGCUGCCAGGUCCUUUGAGGACCUCACCGGACAGUCAAAGCCAUACCCCGGGGACAAGAGACGGCUGACGAGACAGCCGUGCAUUGACAGUAAGGAGACGGUGUGUUGAGGACACUGGCAUAAGAUCACUUGAUUGAGACGUGAGCUGUGAAGUUCACGGUGCAAUCAGGCUUCAUUUUAUUGGUGCGUUUAAAAGUCUGUGACGUGUAAACUGUUGACACAUUUCAGUUCUUAGAAACUUUGCAGCAUUGUUGCAAUGCACAAUUAUAGUUGUUAAAAUAGUGUUCCUUUAAAGCAUUUAAAGAGAAAUAACUAUGUAAAUUUCAGAAGCCAGCAAUCAUUCAUUGUACAUUUGUUCUAUACAUAUCUGAGGUCACUUUUUAUAAACCGAAGUACAAAUCAAAAUCAUUUUUUUUGUGGUAAUUAACGAUCACAGUUGCUGUCCAUAGUUUUUAAAGGGACAAUUCACCUUAAUAUGAAAAUGAUGCUAUUGUUUACUCGCCCUCAAGUCCUUCCAAACCCAAAAAUCACAAAUGAAGAGAUGAGAGGUUUCUGUCCUUCAUUUAAAAUCCAUUCCUCCAAAACUUUCACACUUCAAAACAUUAAUGAAGGCAUUGGAAAUCUAAAUGAAUCAAGCAGUUUAAUCCAGGUCUUCUUUGUAUUUGCUUUCCAUUUACCCUAAAUGAUGAUCUCUACAUACUUUGUGUGCUGAUCAAUGUUCAGAUGUGAAUCAAAUCUGUGUAUAUAAAGUGAAGAUUACAAUGUCUUUAUGAUCUUUUUGAAGUGUGAACAUUUUCGGAGAACGGACGUUUGAUUGGAGGGAAAGCAGGUUUCGUAGAUGAUUUUAAAAAUGUUUGGUUUCUGGAAUGACCUGACAAUUUCCAUAUUUGGUAAACGAUUUCUUUAACCUGUAUUUAAUCAGGAAUAUUUCUUUAAUACAGUCAGUUUGUGCCAUCCAGUUGUGCAAAUUCUUGUUUUCUCAUUCAUUUAUACCUCAUGAGCAGCGGGUCUACCGCACGGCUCUCUACGUGUUGUCACACUUUUAAUGUUACACUGGUCGACUUGCUGAGAAGAUUCAAGUUAUGCAUGUCCUAUGCCAUAUGUGUAUGGAUACUGUAAGAGGAGAUGCAAUUUGAGUUUUAUUUUACAUGUUCUUAAGGCCUAGAUAUAGAAAUUGCACAGGAUGUUACAUUUUUGCAAUUUAAGAUUUGCUCCGUUUAAUUUGUACUACUAUAUUCUCAAUGGGAUCUCAUGUCUUUUUAAUAUACUAGUAUUAUUAUGUGAAACACUGAUUACAGAGUCAAGGGAUGUGCAUAUUUUUGCCACUAAAACGGUUGUAUAGACGUGACCAAAAUCAGUGACUAGUAAAUAUCUGACUAUAACUAUUACAGUCAAAUUUUAAGAUAGUAAUUUGACUUAUGGCACAUUAAAACUUAGUAAGUAUAUAUUUUGUAUUGUUUCUUAUAUUCCUGGAUAUCAAAUCAGAAGUAAUUAAAACCUCUCACUUGGAUGUACGUAGAUAGCUGUAUCUGAUGUCAGUCUGCUAUCAUUCAGUGUGUGGUUUUGAUGCUCGGUUAGGUCACAUUUAUUUAACAUGUAUUAUUGGGGUUUGAAGCCACGUUAAUAAACUGCCUGUACACUGAAG